GCAUUAUAUUUUCAUAUACACACACACGGAUUAACAUUUGAAUGGGUCAACACACCUUCUAGUGUGUGUUGGAGUUCCAGCACCUGGUUUAUCAACCUCGUCUUUUCCUCCAACUCCGCCUGGUUCUCCAGGUCACCUGAGAUAAGAAGACAAGAGAAUAUUUAACUGAACCAUUCGCCCUUGGAUGUCAUAACCUUGAUGAGGACCGACCAUGCCGACAGCCCAUUUAUUACCCAGUUAUUUCUUGAAUUUUACUUACCGUCGUCAGAGUUCAUGGUGAAAUACUCGUCUUCCUUUUUGGAAUGCAGGGCUGCGACUCAGUGGACACUUUACACGCCAGAGCAUUAUUGCAGGCCCCUUGGAUGAGAAUGACCAACCACAUGGAUUCUGCAUGGUCACCUACUCCUCCAGUGAUCGCUUUGAGGGACACUUUGUCCACGGAGAGAAGAAUGGAAAAGGGAAAUUCUUCUUCUUCGAUGGGAGCACGUUGGAGGGCUACUACAUGGAUGACGCUCUUCAGGGCCAGGGUGUGUACCGGUACGAGGACGGCGGGGCUCUCCACGGGACCUAUGUGGACGGGGAGCUGAACGGCCCAGCGCAGGAGUAUGACCAGGAUGGGCAGCUCAUCUUUAAGGGCCAGUACAAAGACAACAUGCGCUGUGGCCUGUGCUGGUUCUACUACUCUGACCGGGGCUGUGUGGUGGGAGAGGUGAACGAUGAGGGCGAGAUGACGGGGAGCCAGGUGGCGUACGUGUACCCCGGCGGCAACAUGGCUCUGCUGGGCAGCUUUGUGGACGGGGAGCUAAUCGAGGCUCGCCUCGCUCGUCUGACCGUGCAAGAGAGUGGCCGACCACGCUUUGAGAUCAUAGACGACACCACGGUUUACUCGUAUGACAAAUCCACUUCUACCUGCAUUGCUAACCACAGACUCCUUCCUGAUCCGUAUGAGGGCCAACACGUGUAUGUAGGACAGUCGCUGAUCUCAGGAGCAGGAGAGGGUCUGUUUACCAAGAUGGAGGCUGAUCCAGACACGGUCAUGGCCUUUUAUAAUGGAGUUCGCAUCACACACUCUGAGGUGGACAGUCGUGAUUGGUCGGUGAAUGGGAACACAAUCUCACUGGACGAGGACACGGUCAUUGAUGUUCCGGGGCCCUUUAGUCUGACGGACAACUACUGCGCCUCGCUCGGUCACAAGGCCAACCAUUCCUUCAGCCCCAACUGCAAAUAUGACCCAUUCAUGCAUCCUCGCUUCGGCCUCAUCAAAUGCAUUCGGACAAUCCGGGCUGUGCAGAAAGACGAGGAGCUGACUGUCGCCUACGGCUACGACCACGAGCCUUCUGGGAAAUCUGAGCUGCCGGCGCCGGAGUGGUACGUCAAGGAACUCCAGGAGUUCCAGGAGCGGAAUGGCGAAGUGCCGGCGGGCAUGAAAGCUUGCUAAUGACACUAGCCGCUCCGUGCGCGCCUUACCUGCCCCCCACACCCCCCCCCCCCCCUUCAGUCGCCACCUCAACCCCUUACAGCAUUUAACCUGGCAGAUAUACCUGGGGGCACACACCUGACCAUCUGCCUCUUCACCCGUGUCUGUCUCGCUUUCUCUCUCAGCUGUUACACCCAGCCCAGUUACGUUCCUGCGUGGGUCCAUCCUGGCUUUGCACCCCCCCAGACCUGCUAAUAGUUGACUGGUACAGUGUUACAGAAGCCCACUCCUGUGCCCUCACCCCAACCCAACCUAGACCAGUAUCCCUGCCUGUCCUCAGCCUCAGCUAUUCUGUCGCAAUCACCUGACUUUAACCUGGUCCCCAGCACCCCCCCCCCCUCUUCUUUCCUCCUCUACCCCACCAAUUAGUCCAAUAUAACCGUGUUCGCUGUCUCCGUGCAAGUGAAGUCAUCAGUUGCUCCAGCCUUUUCACAGUGAAGCCCACGAUGUCUGGAGCCACUUGUGAGUGAAACAGUGCUUUUGCAGUGGUGUUUACAGGGGUUUACAGUGCAGGAAGCCUUGGACGAUCAGCACAAUACUGUGGCUAGUGUGUGUCAGCCACUGAACAUCAGACACACACCCACAUGCAUGCGAGCCCCAGAGGAACUAUGCACAAUCGUCAGACCAGGUGUGCUGCAUCCGGUACAGAUCUGUGCCUGGAUCGUACUUGCAGCAUCACUGCCGUGAUCAUGACAGUGGGAUGAAAUGGACUGUUUUUGUGAUGUGAUUUAAUCACCCAAGGCUUCCACCUAAUACUAAAGGAACUAACUAAAAUAUAAACCUGUGAGGAGUCUGCUCAGGUCUGUGCAAGCAGGAGUUUUCUUGUUACUUUUUUUUUUAAUUUACAGUAAGGCGAGUUGCACUCUCUCACUCACCUGAGACUUGUUCCACUGGAGCUACAGUAAUACAACCAUUAGCAUUAUUUGUUACAUCCUCUUUGGCUUGUAUUAAUAAUAUCCGGGCCCUUUCUCUGCUUACUGAUAUGUUACUGAUUAUGAAUGAAGGACCGUUUACAAGCGUGUGCGUGUGUGUGUGACAGAGAUUAUGUUGUAUGCCUGAAUGCGCAAGCGGUAACAACUGGAGUACAUUGUUCAGAGUGUGGGUAAUAGCAAGCAUUGAAGACGUUUUCUGCUGUAAUCCAGACCAUACUGAAUAAAAGUUACCACAGCUGUUAUGAA